GUAGUCCAGUUUAAACGUGUUAAGCGUUAACACAAACCAGUGACACACACGCAACAAAACAGAACAAAACAAAACAAAACAAAACAACGAAAAGCGAAGCUGACAAAAGAGAGCCAGUCACUGGGACAAAUGGACACCACAGCUUCAAUGUUCAAGUCGGUAACCAGACGGGUGUGGUCGCCGGCGCAGAGGCCAUUCAGGGUUUGUUCUCACAACAGGGAGAGCAGAAAGGGCAUCACAGCAGGAAGCCUGGAGGAGCUGAGAGACAGGAUGUGCCAGGCCUUGCUGCUGUCGCUGUCUGCGGCGUCCGUGGCCGUGGUGUGUGAGGAGGACGGUACCGAGGUCGACUCUGAAGACUUCCUGAUGACGCUGCCCGACAACACGGUGCUCAUGGCGCUGACGCCCGGACAGACAUGGAGGCCACAGCCGGUACGCUGCACCACCGCAGGGGGAGGUGCCGUCAUUACCAAAUAUCCAGAAAACAAUCCCCGCACCGGAAAAGACAUCGCCCGUGUGACCUUUGACCUUUACAGGUUGAACCCCAAGGAUAUCUUUGGCUCCUUGAACGUAAAGGCCACCUUCCAGGGUCUGUACUCGGUCAGUGCUGACUUCCAGUGUCUGGGCCCCAAGAAAGUCCUCAGGGAGGCCCUACGCGUCACCUCUGCUAUUCUGCAGGCCGCCGGACACUUGCUCAUCACCUCCGCUUCCAUGAUCCGCCGCGUCAUCGAAGGCAUGGAGCUGUGGCAGCCGCAGAGAGAGUACACCGCCAACUGGAACUGAGAAAGCGUGGAGAGACCUACACAGUACGGAAACAAGCGUUCAAAAGGGCAACACAGGAACACCCGGCGGACUGAUGUCACUCUUCGCCUGUCUGUAAAUAGCAUGUAAAUAGCUGGUUGGCUUUGCCCCCGCCCCCCUAACUGAGACGCUGGAUGUCCACCUUGUCAUGAUUAAUCCCUCUAACGGGGCUCCAGUGUCUUCGUCGUUGAUCUGUCAUGAAGCUCCUGCAGUGCUGGAGGUUAACUUUAUCCUCGUGCUCUUACAUUCAAUUCUGUUGUGCGCUAAAAAAAAAUACAAAUUUCACAGAGCAGUAAUUGAGAUAGAACUAGCCAGGUGUAUUGUUAUAUGCGUAGUGAUCGUAUGACUCUGUGAUAUGCCAAUAUACCAUCGUGUCCAAUCGUGUGCCAUAGAGCUGCAUGUGUACGUAGGUUUUCAUUCCAACACAUUACACCAUCUGAUGUCACUGAUUUGUCCUCCAUGUCUGGUUGAAUGUGUGCCCCCCCCCUCCCAAUUGAGCCCGGCCAAUUACCCCACUCUUCUGAGCCGUCCCGGUCGCUGCUCCACCCCCCUCUGCUGAUCCAGGAGGGGGCCGCAGGCUACCACAUGCCUCCUCCGAUACAUGUGGAGUCGCCAGCCGCUUCUUUUCACCUGACAGUGAAGAGUUUCACCAGGGGGACGUAGCAAGUGGGAGGAUCACGCUAUUCCCCCCCAGUUCCCCCCCCGAACAGGCACCCUGACCGACCAGAGGAGGCAAUAGUGCAGCGACCAGAACACAUACCCACAUCCGGCUUCCCACCUGCAGACAGGGCCAAUUGUGUCUGUACGGACGCCUGACCAAGCCAGAGGUAACACGGGGAUUCGAACCAGCGAUCCCCGUGUUGGUAGGCAACGGAAUAGACCGCCACAUUACUCAGACGCUCAUGGUUGAAGGUGUCUUAAUGUGUGACAUCAGUGUUGCGUUGUGUUGCGUUGUAAUGAAGCCCUGCAUACACAUGGCUCUCUAUGGCACAUGGUUGGACUCCACCGCGAUAAACCGUAUGUUUGAACUUCACAUAUAAAAUAAGUAACGGGAUAAACAGACACAUGCAUUAAUUCUUUUUUUCUUGCUAGUUUGUGAAAUUUAGCAACAGGCCUGUCAGUUUGUGAUGAAGUGACCCGGGGUCAAAUCCCCACGUGACAGCAGAUAAUGCUAAACGUCCUGUAAAAUACUUGGAUUUGAUUUGCCCUUUGCUGAUUUUCAUUUGGAGUGUCGUUUUUCUCCAGUCAGCGGGCGACGGCUGAGCCUGUUAUUGGUUUCUAGUUUGACCUGGAAGAUUGUACAUUUCAGUGUAAUUGUAACUGCUGACACCAACCUAAUAAAAUGCUGUGAUUGUGACUUUGAAAAGGGGGAAAAUAUAUUCUAGUAAAGAGUUGAAAUACAAAAUCUGUAAAUCUA